CAAACAAUGUUAAAAGAUGAAUUAAAUGAAUUUUCAAAUGUUAAUCAGGACAAUAUUGUUAUAAAUUCUAAUACAUGUAAAGGUUUUGCAACCGCAGCGGGUAAAUCUAUUAAAGUAUCAGAUGUCGCUUUAAAAAAAGUUCAAACAAUACUCAAAGUUGAAUAUUCAUCAUCAAUUAUGAAGGAUCAAACUAAUACAGAGACAAACCUUUGUAAUACAUUUUUGGAUGCUGAAGACAAAUCUUUUAUAAAAUUAGAUAAAUCAUUAAAAAAAAAUCAUCCAACAUAUAAAGAUAAUAAAAAAAUCUUUAAUAAUUCACUGGAAACAAUGGCUGUUUCAAGUGAUUGCAGUAAUUUUAACAAAGUCUCAAAAUUAACUACUGAUCCAAAAACAAAAUCAAACUGUUUAGACAUUUUAAAACCUGAGGAAGAAGGUACAUUUGAGGAUGAUUUGUCUUUAAUUAAUACAGUUGAGAAGUUUGAAAGAGAUCAAAUUGUUUGUAAGCCAGUGCUGAGAAAUAAACGUUCAGGAAGUCCUAUAAAUACACAUGAAAUUAAUUAUAAAAUUAAAAAAACAGUAGAUAAUGAUAGAUGGGAAAUUGAUGAGUUAAAUAAUUCAUUUAAUGUUUAUUUAUCAAACAAAUUGAAUGGACCCAAAGUAUCAUUACCAGAAGUUGUUGAUUGGGUCUUACCAAAAAUAUUCACUAUAAAACAGUUUCCUGAGAAUGGUGUWGCAAAAGAUUUCAUAAAAUUGAAUAUUGAUAAUGCUAUAAAUUUGAAGUUAUAUUGGGACAAAAAUUAUAAAUUAUCUGGUGGACAUAAAAAUAAAAUGUACAAUUUUCAAGAUAUAAAAUACUUAUUUUUAUCACACAAUUUUGUUGAUAACAAACUUAUUCCUAAAGGAUGGAUAGAAAAUCAUUUUCGUUUCAUAGUAUGGAAAUUAGCUGCUACUGAAAUUUGUUUUCCCGAUCAUUUUGGAAACAAGUUGUUAACUGCAAAAAAUGUAAUUCACCAACUAUUAUAUAGAUACUAUAGAGAAAUUGAAAAAUGUCAACGAUCUGCAUUAAAAAAGAUACUUGAGAAAGAUGAAACUACAUCAAAAAGAAUUAUUUUAUGUGUAUCAAAAGUUAAUAGAACAAAUUUAACUGAAGCCUUUAGUAUUGAACUCACUGAUGGCUGGUAUAGUGUUCAAGGAAUUAUUGAUCAUGAGAUGAAUAUGCUUUUACAUAAAGGCAUUAUAAAAGUUGGUACUAAACUAAUAAUAUACAACGCAGAACUUAUUGGUGCUGGAGAAGGAAUUGAUCCACUAGAUGUGCACAAUAGUGUAAAGCUUAAGAUAUCAACAAACAGUACAAGAAGAGUACGCUGGUUUGCCAAAUUAGGAUUCUAUAAAAACUCUACAUUACCUUUACCUAUUACUUUAGAAUCAGUUCUACCACAUGGUGGAAUUAUAGGUUCUCUUUCACUUGUAAUACUUAGAAAAUACCCUAUAAUGUUUCUUGAAAAGAAAAGAAAUCGCGUAGUUGAUAAAAAAAAUAUCUCUACUGGUUUUAAAGCUGCUUUACUUGUAAUUUGGAAUCCAUCAGAAGAUGUUACUGAAAUCCUGAACAAAUCAACCGAAGGUCAAUGUUGUACAUUUCAUAAUAUCUCUACAAAUGGAUUUAUGAAUGGUGAACUACAAUUAUCAGCCAACAAAAAUACUCGUUUUGAUUUUCAAGGAUAUAAAAAUGAUUACAUCAAACGUGAUGUAGUWAGCUUUAAAAGUAUUUGGUCUGGUACAUUUUUACCAUUAUUUGGUGAAUUAGAUUUAGUCGGCAUUGUAGUAUCAGAUGUGAAUAAAAAUAAUGCUUAUGAUGAAAUCUAUGUAUCAGACAAAGAAAUGAAUAUAAUCAGUAUUUUGUUUCGAGGCAAUAUUAAGGAAUAUGGAUAUGAUGACAUGAUGUACCCGGGCAGUAUAAUAUCUGGAAUUAAUAUUCAAUUUAAAGGAUUUGAUCAAAUAUCUCCUAUACCUAAGUUGUAUAAUACAGAACAGUCUUUAUUUUCAACAAUUCCUAAAGCUGAAUAUAUUUUAAAUAUCUUUAAUGAUUAUAAAAUGUUCAUGAAAAAGCCAGAAAAUCAAAAUUUUCUAAAAUGCUGCCAAACUAAACUUAGUGAAAUUUGUAAUAGACUAGUUGAAACAACGACAAUCAAUAGUGAGAAUUGUUUAAACAAAUCAAGAAAUGCAUUGCAUAAGUCUUAUGGUGAACUACCCGUCUCUGUGGUUAGAACUUCUAGUACAUCUCAAUCUGAAUGUUCUCCAGCUCAAAAACGAAUAAAAAUACUUAAUGCUUUUGGGAAAACACCACCAUUAAAUAUUGUUCACACUAAACCACCAGAUAAAAAGCUUUUGGGUCAAUUUAAAACACCGACCCGGUUAUAGAAUUUUACAAAUCAAUGUAUUUCAUAAGUUUAACUAUUAAUUUAAGUUAUAAUAAUUAUUUUGUUUAAAUAUAUAAAUU